AUGUCAAAUCAAUAUAUUACAACAAGUAGUAGUAUUAAUACAACUACUAAUAUUAAUCAAUCAUAUGUUCAAAAUAUAGAUUAUCAACAUAAUAAUCUUCAUCAUCAAUCAAAUAAUAAUCAUUUAAAUCAACAAUUUCAACACAACCAUUCGUUUUCUUUAUCAUCACAUCAACAACAAUCACAAAAUUUCUUACAACAAUUACAUCCAAAUUCUACUACAACCACCAACACAUAUUCAGCAAAUCAAUUUUAUGCACAACAAAAUCAAAUACAACAAUUUCAGAUGGUACAACAACAAUUAGCUAAACAAAAGCAAGAAGAAGAAGAAUUAAAAUUGAAGCAACAAAGACAACUAUUGAAGCAACAACAACAACAACAAGCUAAAAAAUCAGCAUCUUCUCAAUCAACUACUAUAAUUCAAACUCCAAAAAAGAAAAGAGGUAGACCACCAAAAUUAAAUUCAUUUACUGAAAAAAUCACAACUCAAGUAAAUAUAAGUAUAAAUACAUCACCAUUAAAUAGUAGUCCUGCUGAAUCAAAUUCAAAUUCUGCUGCAAGACAAGGUGCUCCAAAUAUUUUUACACCAUUAAUGAGAGUAAGUCCAACAACAAGAUCAAAUUCAUCAUCAAAUUUAACUACUAAUUCAUUGACCUCAACAACCAAAAGGAAAAGAAAAAAUUCAUCAUCAUCAACAAUUUCAAAUACAUCACCAAUCUUAGUCAAAAAAUCAAAAUCUUUUUCUCAUCCUUCAACUAUUUUAGCAACUCCAUUAUCUUCAACAACUCAAAAUUUCCCACCAAAUUCAAUUGAAUCAAAUAAUAGUUAUACUAAUUCUUAUUAUUUAACUAAAAAAACUUUUGAUAAUAUUUCUUUAAUUACUCAACAAGAACAACAAAAUCAAUUAAAUAAUAAUCAAGGAGGAUUUUAUAAUACGCCUCCUUCAAGUUCAUCAGUCAGUAAAACAAGUUAUUUUACUCCUCAUCAUAGUCAAAAUGAUUUAAAUUUAAACAAUCAAAAUACAAUUGAUAAUGAAAGUAAGAUUAUAAACGAAUAUGAAAUUGAAUCUCCAAUUAAAAGAAAUAAAUCUACUGGUGGUAGUAAGGAUGAUGAAAAAAAUCUUUUACCUCCAGUAUCUUUAAAUAAUUUUAAUAUUAAUAACAUUAAUAAUAAUAGUAUUGUCAAUGAAAAUUCAAAAGAUGAGAUUAAAGAAUCAAAACCUCAAAAUUCAAGAUCAAAUAGUUUUCAAUUUAAAUUAACUGUUGAUGAUUCUGGUAAAGCUAUUUUAUCAUCUGAUAUAUUUGAACCUACAACUACUACUACUAGUGUUACUAGUGUUACAGAUUCAAAAAUAGAAUCAAAAGAAACUCCAAAUCCAUCAAAUGCAAUUCUUGCAACUACAACUGGAUCAACGACGAAUGCAUCAUCAUCAACAACUUUUCAAACUACUCCAAAACAACCAAUAUUAAAUCGUACUACCUCGGAAAUUUAUUCAAACUCAAAUUUAAUUGAAGAAAAAAGACCAAAUUCUUUAAGAAGACAUAAUUCAGAUAUAACAAAUAUAAUAUCACAACCAAAAUUAGAAUCCAAGAUUUUAUUAUCUUCAAUAAAUGAAAAUUUUAUACAACAAAAUCAAAAUCAAAAUCAAAAUUUAAAUCCAACAACUCCAAAACAGUCAUCUUACCAUAGUAGUAGUGGUAAUCCAUUUUUAUCAACUGGUUUAACUCCAAUGUUUAAUUUAACUCCUCAAUUUAAUUCAUUAAUGUAUUCAGUUAUGAAUUUAAAUUCUCCUCAAUUUAAAAAGGGAAUGAAUCCUUUUAUUUUAAAUCAAGAAAUUUUUACAACAGGAUUAGAUAAUUCAACUUCUUCUGGUACUACAACUUCGCAAAGUCAAAGUCAACAACAGUCUAAUUUUAAUCCAUUACAUGAAUUAAAUGAAGAUUCAAAUAUUUCAUCACAAGAAAUAAUAAUAAAUGAUGAAAAUAAUUUACAAUUAAAUAAUAAUAAUAAUGAAGAAGAAAGUGAAAAUCAAUCAAAUAUAUCAACUCAAGAAAUAUAUUUUAAUGAUCAUAAUAUCAAUCAUGAACAAAGUCAUAGUCAUGAUCAAAAUAAUCAAAUUUCAAAUUCUUCAUCAAUAAAUUCAAAUUUAAAUCCAAAUUCUGAUUCUAUAUCAAAUUCAAGUUUAAAUUCAGAAGAAUUAAUUUCUUCUGAUGCAAGAAUUGCUUUAAAAAAAAUUAUAAAAAUUAAUAAUUAA